AUGUACCGAGCAUCCGCCAAGGUCAGCUCGGCGCACAACGAUGGCAUCUGGAGCACGGUCUGGACGAGCCGCAACCAGAUUCUGAGCGGGUCCGUUGACGAGGUCGUCAAGAGCUGGGACGCCAGCAGCACCGAGGACAACGCGAUCUUGCCGGUCGUCAAGCAGUUCCCGGGCCACGUGCUGGGCACGCUUGGCGUCGCCGCGACCAAGGACGGCCGCCGUGCUGCCACGUCGUCGCUCGACUGCCAAGUGCGCAUCCUCAACCUCGAGACGGGCGGCGUCGAAAAGACCAUCGACACGGGCGCCGGCGAAACGUGGCAGGUUGCCUACUCGCCCGACGGCGCGUUCGUCGCGACGGGCUCGCAGCAGGGCAAGAUCAACAUCAUCAACGUCCAUGACGAAAAGGUCGUGCAGUCGAUUGUCGUCGAAGAAGAAAAGCCCGCGAAAGCGUCGUCGUCGUCUGACGCCAAGGGCAAGUUUGUGCUCUCGGUCGCGUACUCGCCCGACGGCAAGCACUUGGCGUGCUCGACCUUUGAUGGCCUCGUGGCCAUCUACGACAUCGAGUCGGGCAAGCAGCUGCAAAAGUAUCAAGAUCGGACCAAGCCCGUGCGCUCGAUCGCAUACAGCCCUGACGGCAGCUUCCUCCUCGCCGCUUCGGACGACAUGCACGUCAAUAUUUACGACGUCGCCCACAGCAGCAUGGUCGCGUCGGUCGCCGGCCACAUCUCGUGGGUCCUCAGCGUCGCUUGCAGUCCCGAUGGCAAGCACUUUGCCACCGGUGGCGGCGACCGCAAGGUCAAGAUCUGGGACCUCGCGGCCAAGAGCUGCCUCUACACGUUCGAGUGCCACACGGACCAAGUGUGGAGCGUCGCGUACAACGAGACAGGGUCCCGCCUCGUCUCGGGCGGCGACGACGCGUUGCUGCAGCUCUACGAAGUCUCGACGGCCAGCCUUGCGCAUGGGCACAUCCAGGCUGAUAUUCGCGCCGGCCGCGUGCCCAGCCGCGGCGUCAACCUCGGCGGCUGGCUCGUCGCCGAGCACUGGAUGACGGCGUCGUCGAGCAUCUGGAACGGCGUGCCAGCAGACAGAGCGUCGCAGGGCGAGUACCACGCGAUGAGUGUCCUUGGCCAUAACGUGGGCGACGCGGCCUUUGAGAGCCACCGGCGGUCGUUCCUUACGCAAGCCGAUAUCGCGCAGAUCGGUGCGGCGGGUCUCAACACGGUGCGUGUGCCGAUCGGGUACUGGAUUCGCGGCUGCGGUAUGCUCACCGGCCCCCUCUUUCAGCAGUGCUCGGUCUUUGCGCCUGGUGGGCUCAAGUACCUCGACAUGCUCAUUCAGCAGUGGGCGCGCGCGGCGAACGUGGCAGUGCUCAUUAGCAUCCACGGCGCGCCAGGAUCGCAGAACGGCAACGACCACAGCGCCGCGGUCAUGAAAGGCCGAGUCGACUGGCCAAACGACCCGGUCAACGUCAAGGUGACGCGCGACCUCGUGCUCUUCCUCGUGCAGCGGUACAAGAACGAGCAAGCGUUCCUCGGGAUUGGGCUUCUGAACGAGCCGGACGGGCACAUGAACUCGCACGUGCUCUUCUCCUACUACACGGCGUCGUACAAUGACGUCCGGUCGAUCUCGGACUGCAUCCUCACCAUGAUGCCGCGGCUGUACAACCAGUAUGCUGGCAACGGCGAUGCGAUGGGCGACUUUGGCAAAGGCAUGCAAAACGUAUGGAUCGAGUGGCACCCGUACCUGAUUUGGGGCUACGAGAGCUACUCGGAGGCGAUGCUGCUCAACCAAGGCAUCGACAGCAUCGCCAAGAACAUUGCCAACUGGCGAGGCCACCCGCUGUACUUUGGCGAGUGGAGUGUCGUGACACCGAGCAACACGUUCUCGGACCCAAACGCGCUGGCGUCCUUCCGGCGCAAGCUGGUGACGGUCAUGAACACAGCCCAAGGCUGGGCGUACUGGACGUGGCGGGCCGACGGCGACGGGUAUGGGCACAAGUGGUCGCUCCGGGACCUCCUGCGCCGCAUGCAGUACCCGAUUGUGCGAACGGCCGCGAACGCGGUGGGGUCAUCGCCGCCGCUCAGCAUUCUGCAGUCGAACGGCGUCGGACUCAGCCUUUUAACGCAAACGCAAAGCCUCGCCGCCGAUCCUGCGUGGAUUGCGGCCAUGGGGCCGCUGGUUGCCGAGCGCUGGAGCUACAACCCGAGCACGCAGCAGCUGCAGUCGCUCACAAGCGGCAACUGCCUCGACGCGUACUUUGACAAUGGUCUCCAGCGCCACGUCAUCCACAGCUACAGCUGCGAUGGCACUAAUGCCAACCAAAAAUGGACGCUCGUCAACCACCAACUUAGCAACAAGGGACUCUGCCUGGCGCUCGUGGAUGCUGCGAUCAACACGGACUUGGUCGCCAACCGGCGGCUCGUCACGUGCGACAGCGCGAGCACGGCGCAGUUCUUUACCCUUGGCAUCGCCGUCGCUCGGCUACGCAUCGCGUCCCUGGCGUCGCUCGUGCUCAGUGCAAGCUUGACCUUUCAAGCGCCCUCGGCGCGGGACACGUCGCAGCUCUGGCUCUUCAACCACCUCGACUACACGGUCAUGAACCAAGGCAGCGGCCAGUGCCUCGACGCGUACGAGGCCAAGGUCGGCGGUGCCGUGCACCUCUACGCGUGCUCGCCGGGCAAUGUCAACCAGCUCUGGCGCUACAACCCGCUGACGCGCCAGCUCCAGCACAUGGGGCACGCGGGCUAUUGCCUCGAUGUGUACGGCCCGCCCCACCUCAACACGUGCUACGCAAUGGGCAACGCCGCCAUGUGGGCCCAGGCGCUUCAACUCGAGUGGAUCUCGUACCCGGCCCUCACGGGCGGGUACGCGGCCGUCACGAGUUCGUAG